AUGUAUCUGUUUGUAUGUGUUUGUAUGUGCAUGUAUGUAUUUGUAUGUGCAUGUAUGUGUUUGUAUGUGCAUGUAUGUGUUUGUAUGUGCAUGUAUGUGUUUGUAUGUGCAUGUAUGUGUUUGUAUGUGCAUGUAUGUGUUUGUAUGUGCAUGUAUGUGUUUGUAUGUGCAUGUAUGUGUUUGUAUGUGCAUGUAUGUGUUUGUAUGUGCUUGCGUGUGUGCGUGUGCGUGCGUAUGUGUGUGUCUUUGUGUGUGUGUAUGUGUGUGUAUGUGUGUGUCUUUGUGUGUGUGUGUGUGUUUUUGUAUUUGUAUGUGUCUUUGUGUUUGUGCGUGUGUGUGUAUGUGUAUGUAUCACACACAAAUACGUGCUUGUACGAGUAUAUUUAUGUAUAUAUGUGUGUGUUUGUGUGUAUUUAUGUGUGCUUGUGUGUGUAUAUGUGUGUGUGUAUAUAUAAACACACAUACAUACACACACACAUGUGUGUAUGUAUGUGCGACACACACACAUACAUACAUACAUGCAUACAUGCAUACAUACACACACACACACAUACAUACAUACAUACAUACAUACAUAUACAUACAUACAUCCAUCCAUACACACAUACAUACAUACAUACAUACAUACAUACAUACAUACAUACAUACAUACAUACAUACCUACUGCUUGCUGGCUUUUAUGUAUGUGUAUGUGUGCGUGUUUAUGUGUAUGUGUCUGUGUGUGUCUGUAUGUGUCUGUAUAUGUACAAUGAAAAUUAUGUGUGUGUGUGUGUUUGUGUGUGUGUGCAUGUGUGGGUUUGUUUAUGUGUGUAUGUGUGGGUUUUU